UCCGGCCCGGCCGCGGGAGCAGAGGGGGUGGAUGUGCCGGGAGAGCCUUUGGAACCCCCCCCAAAAUCCCUUUAUCCCGGUUUCUGCCGGGAAAGCCCCACCUGGGCCGCGCUGACCUCGGUGCUUUCCUCUCUUCCAGAUGAGCCUGAUCCCGCCCUCUCCGGAGCCGUCCCGGCCGUGGCUCACAGGACGGAGCUCGGCCCCGCCAACGAGGAGCUUUUGGAGUUCCAGCAGGGCCUGUACAGGACGGACGCCCGGAGCGCUCUGGAGCUGCGGAACAUGACGGUGUCCGGCGACCUGUCCUGGGACGGCGACGGGAGGCAGGAAAGCACUUUAGAGAGACUCUCCGGCCCCAAGGACUCCAAGGAGGCGGCGUUUGCCGGGGAGCCCCGGGGGGCGGAUCCCGAGCAGCUGGAGAGCGACUCGGAGGGGCCGGAGGGCGGGCGGGCGGCGGAGACGACGCCGGGUCCUCGCGCCGCCGAGGAGAAAUAUCUCAGAACCGAACCAAAGCAGCUCGAAGGGCUCGGCAGGGAGCACCUGGAGAAAGGCAGGAGGGGAGUCCAGAGGGUCGACUGGAUUCCCAGGCCCAACAGGAGCCCGAGCCCUCCCUACAAAGACGUAACCAAGCCGACAGAUGUAGCAGCCAACCUGCCCUUCCGGGGCCAGGCCGUGCGCGAAGUGCCUCCUCCGCUGCCCCCGCCGGUGUUCAGGAAAACGCUCAACCCCGUCCUGGGCAAAUCCAAAACCCUGGAGGGCUCCUCGUCCCACAGGAAGGGGCUGGUGGUGGACUCGGACGUGGCCGAGGUGGCCCCGCUCUCGACGGCCGAGUGGAUGCUGCAGAAGCCGAGUCUCCAGCUCGGCGCCGAGCUGGCCGUGGGCAAACAGUCGUGGACGGUGAACGCCGAGGACUCGGUGGAGCGGGUGCCGCUGAUGUCCCUGGACCCCGCUCCCUGCAGCUCCUACGACGUGGAGAUGAGGCCCUACGUGUGCAGCGUCCUGCUGGAGGAGCAGGGCAAGGAGGAGCUGGGCCAGGAGGAGGAUCCCUCGGUCUACACCUGCAUCGAGUGCAGCAUCUACUUCAAGAAGAAGGAGCACCUGAUGGAUCACAUGCUCCAGCACAACCGCGGGCCGGGCAGGGACCAAGACGGGGACGCCCUGGGGGGGCAGCGCCAGCUGUGCUGCAGCGAGUGCGGGUGGGCCUUCGGGGACCCUGCGUCGCUGGAGCAGCACAGGAGGCUCCACCAGGAGUCGCGGGAGAAGAUCAUCGAGGAGAUCCAGAAGCUGAACGAGUUCCCGGACGAGGGCCGGGAGGCGCGGCUGCAGUGCCCCAAGUGCGUCUUCGGCACCAACUCCUCCAAGAUCUUCGUGCAGCACGCCAAGAUGCACGUCAAGGAGAGGAAGGACCAAGGGGCCAAGAGCUCUUCGGGGCUCUUCGGCAGCGCGGGCGGCGGGGAGAGCCGGGACGGCCCCGCGCGCGGCCUCUACAAACACUUCAGGGCCAACGAGCACCCGGCCCUGCCGGCGCCGGCGCCGCCCCACGGCAGCGCCAAAGGGCUCAGCGCCUGCGUGCUCUGCGGCUUCCCGGCCCCCAACGAGCACAUCCUCAAGGAGCACAUGAGAUACGCCCACUCCCACCUCUCCUGGGAGGCCGAGGCGUACGAGGAUGAUCCCAACCAGCCGGGCACCAGCAGGGACGCCUACAGCCCCGCCCGGCCUGGCCGCUUCCCGGAGGCCGAGUAUUUCGGCAAAGCCGACCGGCUCUUCCCCCCCGCGCCCCGGGAAAGCGCGGCCCACUACGACCCCCCCCACGGGUUCGCCCUGGCCCAGCCCCGGCUCGACAAGAGCAACGGGGCCGCCAAAAAGGACUACCAGGCCUCGGGCUUUCACGCCAGGAAGGCGGCCCCGUUCGCCGCCCCGCACAAAAACCUGGGGCUGUCCGGCUUUCCCUCCGCCAGGGCUUAUUCCCAGUUCGCUCUGCAGCAGCUGAAGAAGAAAGCGGCGGCUCAGCACCUUGAAGGAGACGGCGACGGCCUCCGGAGCCACCCCGGGGGGCUGGAGGAGCUCCGGCAGAAGUGGAUGUUGGGCGGCGACGGCGGGAGCGCGGAGGAGGAGAUCCCCGUGGGCGCGGAGGUGGAUCCGGGCGAGAGCAGGGCCCCCAGAGCCGUCACCAUCCCUCAGGCUGCCUUGGACCUCAAGAGGACGUUCAGGGACACCCUGAGGGCCACGGACUCGUCGGUGGCGUCGGAGGAGCAGCAGCAGCAGCUGAGGAUGAUGGUCCCCCUGGUCCUGCUGGAGGAGGUGAACCUGCACCCCAAGGCGGCCAAGCGGCCGCGGGGGAAGGCGUUCAAGAGGAAGGCGAUGCUCCCGCCCCGGGAUUUCGUGAUGGAGGAGCCCCUUCCCUUGGACGUGCUGCUCUUGGACGCUCCCCUGGAGGGUCCCCUGGAGCUCGACGACCUGCUGGACUCCGACGCCGGCAUGUUGAAGAACGAGGAGAGGAAGUGUCCCUACUGCCCCGACCGCUUCCACAACGGCAUCGGGCUGGCCAACCACGUGCGGGGCCACCUCAACAGGGUGGGCGUGAGCUACAACGUCCGGCACUUCAUCUCGGCCGAGGAAGUGAAGGCCAUUGAGCAAAAGUUUUCCUUCCAAAAGAAGAAGAAAAAAGGUAUCGCCAACUUCGACCCGAGCACCUUCAGCCUGAUGCGCUGCGAGUUCUGCGGCGCCGGCUUCGACACGCGGGCGGGGCUCUCCAGCCACGCCAGGGCCCACCUGCGGGACUUCGGCAUCACCAACUGGGAGCUCACCAUCUCGCCCAUCAACAUCCUCAAGGAGCUGUUGGCCAACUCCUCGGAGCACCCGCUGCUGCAGGCGGCGCUGGGGGCCGAGCCCUCGUCGCCGGGCCGGGACAGGGACGCGCUCGGCGCCUUCGCCCCCCGCAAGAGCGUCACCCCCAUGGCCCCGCUGUCCCCCUUCCCCUCGGCCUGGGGAGAGGAGCCCCUGCAGCCCUACAGAGACGGUGAGUGAACCCCGAAAGGCUCGCG